GUUUGUCUUACUUAUUAAUUAACACCCUGCAUGUAGACAAAUAUUUAGUGGAGGAACAGAAAUGUAUAUUGCAUCAAUCAAAGGAAUCAAAAUGUAUUUAUUCAACAAAAAUCGAUUAUUCCAAUACAAAAAUCAACCUACAUUUCGAACCAUACCGAUUCUCCAGCGCAUUAAAACGCUAAGUGCGCGAUUAGAUAACAAACUAAAGUGUUUACAGAUAAUAAAAACCCCUAAUCAGUUGCGAUCGAUAUGCGUCCGAUACCCGUCGUCGCGUUACUAUUCCAAUUCGUCCUCCACCACCUCCCCGAUCUCGGCGACGCCGCCCGCAUACUGGCCGUCAUACCGUCGGCCUCGCGCAGCCACCACGUCCCCUUCCAGCCGCUGUGGCGGACGCUGGCCUCGCGCGGCCACCGCCUCACCGUCAUCACCACGGACCCCGUCCGCGAUCCGGCCGCCUCCAACCUCACCGAGGUGGACAUCAGCCACUGCUACCGCAUCUACGACGAGCACCGCGUCACCGAGCUGUUCGUCGACGAGACCAAGAGCUUCGGCGAGAUAGCCGCCGUGCUGCGCGUCACCUUCGAGGAAUGCCACGAUUACAUACUAUCCCUCGAGGAGGUGCAACGGUUCAUCCACGAUGAUUCGGUUGAAUUCGAUUUGGUGAUGGUGGAGGCCCAGCUGCCCACCAUGCUGGCGUUCGCUUGGAGAUUCCGAUGCCCCAGCAUCGGGAUAGCUUCGCUGGAGCCGGCCAUGCAAAUCCACGAUUCUUUGGGUAACCUGGUGCAUCCCGUCGUCAAUCCGGAUCCGAAUUUGAACAUCGAAGACGACGCCCGGAUGGGGUUCUGGGACAGGCUGAAGAGCGCCGCCUAUGUGAUGGUUUAUAAGUUGUUCGUGUACAACAGAAGCUACCCGAACUACCACGCUCAAAUGAAGAGGUACUUCGGGAACGACCUGCCGGAUUUGAGGGAAUUGCAGGAUAACAUCAGCAUGUUGUUCGUCGGUACUCAUCCGCUCUUCCACAACAUGAAGCUGUCGAAUUUGAACACGAUUUCCGUGGGAGGCGGAAUGCACAUUUCCCCUCCUAAAGCUCUACCUCUCGACUUGCAGAAGUUCCUGGACGAGGCCGAGCGAGGCGUGAUUUACUUCAGUUUGGGCAGCAACGUCAAAGCCAACUUGCUAACGGAGAGCUUCAAAAAAGCCAUCACCGGAGCUUUCGCCGAAAUACCCUACAAAGUUUUGCUCAAAAUGGACGAUGUACUCGUAGAUGCAUCCGAAAACGUUCUGGUCAGAAAAUGGAUGCCACAACAGGACAUUCUAAGGCACAAGAACGUUAAAUUGUUCAUCACGCAAGGCGGUUUGCAAUCGCUGCAAGAAUCCGUCGUCAACGGUAUACCGUUAAUAGGAAUACCGUUCUUCGGGGAUCAAAUAACCAACGUCAAUAAAAUGGUGAAAAAGGGCUACGGCUUGAAAAUCAACAGGAGAACCAUCACCAAAGACAUCCUCGUAUCAGCCAUCAAGGAAGUCAUGGAUAACCCCAAGUAUCGGGAAACGGCGGAGCUUAUGGGGGAGAUUUUCCGGGACGAGGAGAUCCCGAGCCUGCAGAGGGCUGUGUACUGGACGGAGUACGUGAUCAGGCACAAGGGGGCGAAGCACCUGAGGAGCCCCUCGUUGGGGAUGCCGGCUUGGAAGUUUUACAUGCUGGACGUUCUCGGGUUUUUGUUUGUCACGUGCUUGUUGGUAUUAAUGGUGUUUUAUUACUGCGUUAAAAUGUUUUGUAGAUUGGUGAGGCGUUUGUGUUGUAACGGAGGGAGGCCUAGGUCGAAUAGAUCGAAAAUAAAGAGAAAUUGAGCGUCGA